AUGGAACGUGAGAGAGCGGGCCCUGAGCGUGUGCGAGGCCCUGAGAGCAACUAUGUGAGGAAUGUCCAAGAAAAACACUUUUACCCUGAGCAGAGGCUUCAGGAGGCUCUUCAGAGGGAGGUGGAGGAGGUGGAGGAGGUGGAGGAGGCCGCUGCACCGCGCAUUGCGUCACCUCACUACAAAAGCACGGGGCGCUUUUGCAGAGCGCGCAAGAAAAUCAAAGUGUCAUGUGACCCUGAAACAAAGCCAGAGGAGGAAAUACAGCCUUUGGACGGAGCGUAA